CAAAUUACAAAGACAAAAAUGGUAUCCACAAGCUUAUUAUAUGUGUGGUGUUAGUCUCAAGCAAAGAGAAUCUCAUCACCUCCUCGCUACUAAUACCCCGCCGCAACAACCGCUACUUCAUGUGCUUUCUCUCUACAUAUAUCCUUCUCUCUCUCUCUCUAUCUCUCUGUCUGAUCUCCUUGCAAUUUCAUAGCCAACAUGGGAAUUUGCUUGAGUAACACAAACACGUUACUACUACAAGAUGAGAAAGCUGAAGAGGUGGUUGAACAAAGAGAAUCAUUUGCAGCAGAUGAUGGGAAGAAGAAGAAGAAGAAGAUGGUGAGAUUCCAACUCCAGGAAGAUGACAGUACUGUUGGGAGAGGAAGAAGUGAUGAUCAUGGGGUUCAUAUCCAAAACAUGGGAAUUUGCUUGAGUAACACAAACACGUUACUACAAGCUGAGAAAGCUGAAGAGGUGGUUGAACAAACAGAAUCAUUUGCAGCAGAUGAUGAUGGGAAGAAGAAGAAGAAGAAGAAGAAGAUGGUGAGAUUCAAACUCCAGGAAGAUGACAGUACUGUUGGGAGAGGAAGAAGUGAUGAUCGUGGGGAUUCUGGAAGUGGGGUUGUGAGGAUUCGGGUGGUGGUGACUCUGGAAGAGUUGAAACAACUUCUGGAUUGUAAGGACAGCUUCAAGCAGUCUUCUGUGGAGCAAUUGGUGAGUGCGAUGAAGUUGAGAGGAAGGAGGGUUUCUGCUGAUCAAGUUGAUGAUGGAUGGAGGCCUGCUUUGGAGAGCAUUCCAGAGGACCCUUGACGAUGAUCAACUAGUUUCAGUUUGUCACUAACAAGUUCUCUCUCUCUCUCCCCCUCUCUCUCAUAUAUAUAUCUGAGUUGUAAACAAUUUUCAUUGUAUAUGAUGUAGACUUUGAUCACCAUAUCAUUGUAGUAAUUGGAACUUAUGUAGAUCUACAAAUGGUCCGUGAUUCAUAGUGCUUUUGGCACUGCGAUUUUGCAGACCAAAAAUGCGAUUUUAAACCAAAUCGCAAAAGAUGUAUCGUUUAAGAGUUUAUUUUUAAAAAAUUACGAUUUAAAAGAGUUUGCACGAUUUUAAAUUGCAAGCCAAACUA